GAAGCAUAUGGAGUUUAAAGUAUUCUGUUCCCACUUUUCUUUGAUUCUCAGACCAAAGUCACGAUUUUUCUCCUUAUCCGUUUCAGAUUCGUGUUUCUGGUCUACUGAAUAGUUCAGUCAAGAGUUGAAAAUGGAAGGAACUGUGUUCACGCCUUGUUUGGAAGGAAUGAAGCAUGUCAAAUCUGAACAAGGCGAGAUGCUUACUAAGCCUUUCCUUGAUCUCUGCAAGACCCUCUUCCCGGUUAUAGAUAAGUUUGGAGCCGCUAUGACUAUCGUGAAAGCUGACAUUGGUGGCAACAUAUCGAGAUUGGAGAAGAACUACUUGUCUGAUCCAGACAAGUACAAGUACUUGUACACCAUUGUUCAAGGUGAAAUUGAGUCAGAGACAGCAAAAGGAUCGUCUAGUUGUACCAACGGUCUUCUCUGGUUAACCAGAGCAAUGGAUUUCGUAGUGGAGUUAUGCCGCAACUUGGUAGCACAUCAAGACUGGUCAAUGUCACAAGCUUGUGGUGACUCGUACCAAAAAACACUCAAGAAAUGGCACGGAUGGCUCGCUAGCUCUACCUCUUCUAUGGGUUUAAAGCUUGCUCCAGACAGGAAGAAGUUCGUGGAGGUUACAGCUGGUUCUGGUGACAUCUAUGCCGACAUGGAAAGGUUUUACUCUGAGUUUGGUCCGUUCCUUCAAGAAAAUCACAAAUUUCUGGCUAGUGUUGGUAUGGACGACAUGGAAGCGUCUUAAGCCAUUCUUUGGAUUCUAAAACUUGUAGACCCUCCAAAGAAACAUAAUGAUGUGUCCAUUUCUAUUAGAAUGUUGUUCGCUUUAUACUAUAAAGUUUAUAACUUACGAAUUAAUCUUCUCAAUAUUCUUUGUUACGUAAGUGUUUCAAAUGUUUGUCAGAG